AAAAAGUUGUGAUGUGAUGAUGGUUAUGUUUAAAAUAAACCAAACAAAAAAGUGAAAAUGAGUGAAAAAACCCAGGAAUGCCUCAGUGCUCCUGAGGGAACAAGCAAAGACGCGGAAAUAAUCCCGGGCUACUCCUCCAUGGAGCAGUUCACGAAGGAUGGAUUUAAAGUCCUAAUGGAGGCAAUCAAGCACUCCAAUGCCCUACCAUCGGGCCGUGACUGGGAUUUUUACACCAUUUCGGACUCAUUCAAAGAAAUGAUGAAAAACGAGGGCAACAACGUCUUGCGUUUAAUGAACCAAAUUAUGAGAUUCAACGAUCUUGAUAGCAAUCUAAGAAAUCGCGUUUUGGACGAGAAAAUCGAGCUUGUGAUUGAAGCAAACGAUGUCAUUCUUGAAAAAGUCGCCAAUAAUAUUGACGAAAUGAACGGAAUUCGCAAAAGUGUGGUCGCCCCAGUGGUUCUGCAAACAGUCAGUGCUGAGUUGCCUGUGAACGGGUCGUGGAAUAGGCAAAUUACUGUGAAUUCGGCCGUUGAAUCAAGUGGUCAAAAUUGUAUCAAACUGAUAACAGCGAAGAAUAUUAUCAGGCCCCAGAAAUUCUUCAAGGAUCAAAUUGACAACAGGAACAACUCGCCGUGGUGUCCGCGCAUCACCGACAAGCCCAACUCUCUCAAACCUCUAGCCAUUUUUUUGGAAGAAAAUGAAGACAGACAAGAAUAUUCUCAUCCGUACGAAUUCGAAUUGGAGCGUUUUCAACCCACAUUGUCCCAAUUAGCCGACGAAAAGCCACUCCCCCCUAAAAGUCUUGCAGAGACACCUUUGGUGGAAAUAAACACACCAGAGCAACUAGACCAACUGGUUGAAACUCUCAGACUUUGUAGUGAAUUCGCCGUUGAUGUUGAACACCACUCUUACCGAUCUUUCAUGGGAAUCACCUGUCUUCUCCAAAUAUCAACUCAAGAUAAAGAUUAUCUCAUUGACGCUCUUGCUUUACGCGAUAAACUCUCCAUUCUUAAUGAAGUCUUCACCAAAAACACCAUUGUUAAGAUUUUUCACGGGGCUGAUAGAGAUAUCGAGUGGUUGCAGAGAGAUUUAUCCAUUUAUGUUGUUAACAUGUUUGAUACGCAUCAAGCAGCGAAAACUUUGCAAUAUUCAGCCUUGUCGUUGGCUUUUUUGUUGAAAAAAUUUUGCAAUGUUUCACCAAAUAAACAAUUUCAAUUGGCUGAUUGGAGGAUACGGCCGUUGCCUGACGAAUUAAAAUCGUACGCUCGCGAGGACACUCACUAUCUUAUUUAUAUUUAUAAAAUGUUGAAGCGAGAAUUGUUGCAAAAAGCCAACAAGUGUGAUAAACUUUUGAGAUCGGUGAUUGAACGAAGCACCGAAAUUUGUAAAAAAAGGUAUUUUAAACCGAUUUUGCACGAAGAUAGUCAUUUGGAAUUGUACAGGAAGUGUAAAAAAAUGUUUGAUAAUCGGCAAAUGUAUGCUUUGAAGGAGAUUUACGUGUGGAGAGAUAAUUUGGCCAGAAUUGAAGAUGAAAGCUUAGGUUACGUUUUGCCCAAUCACAUGAUGUUGCAAAUUUCCGAAGUACUUCCGCGAGAAAUGCAAGGGAUUUUGGCUUGUUGCAACCCGAUUCCUCCUUUAGUAAGGUCUCAUUUACUCGAACUACAUCAAAUUAUUUUAAAAGCACGUGACCAGCCUUUGGAAAAAGCAAUUCUAAAAGACACAACUGGUCGUGGUGUUUUGAAAGAAAUAUCCAAAGUUAAUAUGGACAGUGUCCUGCAUUGCCCACAUGACUUAACAAAAACAAAUGAGUUUCGUGACGACUUACCAACUCUUUUACAAAAUAAUCAAAAUAAAAGACUAGCCGAAGUCGAGUUAUCUAUUGAAAAACCUUCAUCGUACUCAAUUUUCAACACUGAUGAAGCUUUCAACGAACACGAAACGUUUAAGAAACUGUGCGGGUUUACCUAUUUCAGUCCUUAUGAAAGGUACAAGUUGGUGAAGCCGUUUGUUGUCGCUGAAAAUGAAGCACAAGCUGAAAAAGAAAAACAACAAGAGAGGACUGAUGAUGAAAGAAUAGCUUCGAUUAGGGAUCAUUUCGUCCAGUUAUCGAAGAAGUUUAGUGAAGAUUUGCAAGCGCAAAAAGAGGAAGAAGAAAAGGAGAAAGAAUUGUCUUUAAAACAAAUGGGAGCUUCAAGGAAACGAAAGAGAGAAGAAUCCCCAGAUGUGAUAAUAGUUGAGGAUAAUUUAGAGUCUCCUGUGAAUGAUAUCGUCGAUGAAAAUAAUUUCUAUCGGAGGAAAAAGCCACGCAAGAGGAAAUUUUCCGAAAUUAAUAACAAGAAUAAAAAUGACGGUGCACAAAAUCAGACUCAAGGUGGCAAGAACAAAAAAAAGAAGAAAAAUGGGAAUAGGGGGGCACAAAGUGAAGGAAAUAAACAAAAUCAGGCCCAAACUGUGCCCAAGAAUCAAAAGAAAAAUAAAAAAUUUCAAGGAAAUAAACCAAAGCAGGCUCAAAGUGUGUCGAAGAAAGACAAAAGGAGAAAUUUUGACCAGAGGCCUCCUCAAAAUCAACACAAAAAGAAGUUUAUCGAGAAAAAUGCACCACAGAAUUCGAGUUUUGUGCCGUAUGAUUACUCCUCUGUUGAUUUCAGGCAGUUUCAAGGUGGGGCUGGGAGUGUCAGUGGUGGGGUGCAGAUUAAGCAGCGUUUUCAACCCAAGAAUCGCGGAAAACACAACAACAAAAAGGGGACAAAAUCAUCGACGUUCCCCAAUAACAGGGGGCAACACAAAUAAUUGUUUAUAGAAUAUUAUUGUAUAUUUUUUCAAUAAUUGGUUAUAAU